AUGGUUUACAACGCUCGUUGGGGAAUCCUCGCCACGGGGGGAAUUGCGCAAACGUUUGUGCGCGACCUGCUCAAAGACACCCACGCGCGCGGCACCGACGACAUCACCCACAGCGUCACGGCCGUAGCAUCCUCGACCUCGUCGCAACGCGCGUCGGAAUUCAUCGACAAGCUCCAAAUCCCAGGCAACCCGUCCGCCUACGGCAGCUACGAGGAGCUUGUCACCGACCCCAACGUGGACAUCAUCUACGUGGCCACGCCGCACUCGCACCACUACCAAAACGCGCGUCUAGCGCUCGAAGUCGGGAACAAGCAUGUCCUCUGCGAAAAGGCGUUUACCGUGAAUGCGGCGCAGGCGCGCACGCUCGUCGACAUCGCAAAACGCAAAGGUCUGUUCUUGAUGGAGGCUGUGUGGACGCGCUAUUUCCCGCUGAGCGUGCAGGUGCGCGAGCUCAUUCGCGCGGGUGAGAUUGGUGAGGUGUUGCGCGUGCUCGCGGAUAAUAGUAUCGGGAAUGCGUCUUGGGAUGCGAGUCAUCGUAUGGUGAAUUUGGAUCUGGCGGGGGGCGCGUUGCUUGAUUUGGGCAUAUACUCGCUGACAUGGGUCUUCCAAACGCUCUACCACACGCUGCCGCCCUCGCAACGCAAACCCCCCUCGUCAAUUACUUCCACCAUGUUCAAAUACCCGGCCACCGGCGCCGACGAGGACACCACUAUCCUGCUCAGCUUCCCAACGACCACGCCGAGCAACAGCCUGAGUCCCAACCGCACGUCGCACGCAGUCGCCAUGGCCGCUUUUGCUGUCGACUCGAAUCCAGACGGCAAAGCGAGCGGGCGCGCGGCCAUUCGCAUCCAGGGCACAAAGGGGGAAAUUCAGGUUGAGUGCCCGGCGUAUCGGCCGGAGCGGUAUCGGGUUAUUUAUUCUUCGGGCGAGGAAAAGACGAAGGAGGUUGAGUGUCCGUUUCCGGCCAAUGGGCAUGGGAUGUACUGGGAGGCGGACGAGGUGGCGCGGUGUGUGCGCGACGGAAGACUGGAAAGUGAGGGCAUGCCGUGGGAGGAGAGUGUGGUGAUCAUGGAGGUGAUGGAUGAGGUUAGGAGGCAGCAUGGGUUGGUGUAUCCGGAGAAGAUUGAGACGACGGAUUAUCCGGUUGCGUUGUAA